GUACACAAGCAUUCAACACAGCAAGGAAAAGUGAAUUGACGGUACCGCGAGUCCGUGGUUUAUUUACCAUUCACUAAGCCCUUUAAACUAGUCAAACUUAAUACAAUAUUGUAGCUGUGGCGCGCUUCAGCUUGCCGGUGAUGGAUGUAGACCACAAACAAAACAGAAAAGACUCCCAAUCUAAAAACUCACUUAAAGAUGGAAAUCAAAUCACGGCUAUGGAAAGUGCAGGACGAAGAUGUCUUAUGUGUUUGCUGCCAUUCGAAGAGCUGGGCUCGAUCGAAACUGAAUCACCGGAAGAACUAAAACGAAUAGUUGAAAAUGCUUAUAAGAUUGCCAAAAUUGAGAUAUGUCCAUCGGGAGGUAAAAUUGAACCUCUUUGUGGUGGGUGCCGCGCCAAAUUGGGUUACAACUUUGACGAAGACGCCUACUACGAAAUGAUUAGCAAAAUGUAUAGUGAUGCGAGCCCACCCAGCAGCUAUCCGACGUUUAUGAAUAACGGCAAUCCGGUGCACAUAGGUAUGCCACCAACGGAGAGCCCUGACUCACCAACCGGACCACUACUAGAUGCCGCGUGUGGAACUUUAGUAGUGACUGAAUUUGGGCGAGAUGAAUCAGCAGAAAAAUCUGACUUGAAGUGCAUCGUAUGUUCCAAAGUAUUCAACUUCAAAUCAACGCUGCGACUGCACAUUCGAAGUCAUCACAACAGCAAUCUGCGUGACCCUGAACCGCACAAGCAACCGAGAAAACCCCGAAUGUAUGAGUGUAAUGAGUGCAAUGUUAGUUUCAAACUAAAAUACGAUUACGAUAAACAUCAGUCUAUGCACAACAGAGCAAAUCUGUUCCAAUGUGAGGUCUGCUAUAAACUAUUUAAACAUAAGUCGUAUUAUUUGAUGCACAGAAAUGCAAAGCGUUGCAAAGCACUUCCAUUGAAUCUUAGUACUGGCGCUGUCGGUAGGGUUAGCCCCAAUCAACAUCGACAGGAAGUCGGUACCCUCGGUGAGGGUAUCAAAAAUACCAGCUAAAAGCACCUAUCUACAGGUCCUAGGAAAUCCUAUUUUCGAAGCGCUUUUUUCAUUUUGCCAUAACGUUCACACUAUAGAUGUAUGUGUUUUUAAUAUAUCAACGUUAGCAUAUACUAAUAGAUGUACUGGUGUAUUAUAGAUGCAGAACAAAAACCGUUACCAUUCAAUUGGUUUAAGUUCCUUAUUGUACAGGGUGUUUGGUUUCCAAAUGCAGAUAGAUUUUGGGCUAAUAGCUGAUGAGAUGCACUAAAACAUGGAGAAACAGUCAUAGAAUUGAACUAUUUUUCUAAUGUGGAAUCUGCAUUAAAAACAACUUCUUAGAUCCUUAUCUUAUAUUUAGCAUUUAAUCAGAAGAAUUGAUCUACAUCACAGACUUUGAUAAAUCUAAUUUCGGAUAAACAUGUUCAAGAUUGGCACAUUCGUACCAUCCCACUUAUUUUAUUUAAAAUAAUUUCAUUGAAUCUGAUCUUUUACAAGCCCUUAAAAUGUAUGCAUAAGAAUCGAACUUUUCGUAUAUUCGAUUUGUAUCAAACUAAGUUUUAAAUAUUAUUUAAGACCCACCGAUUAUUUGUUACAACAGAUUGUGAUUAAAAUAUUUUUUAAUUUAUUUAAUUAUCAAAAAACUCAUCUGCAGCACCAGUAUCGCUGAUAAUUUCUGGUCACUUGAUUUUAGUCAUUAAUUAUAAAUGGAGGUAAACAAACCAAAGUAAAUUACACAAUAGAAACCGGUAGAAUAAAAUUUUAGUCUGUAAGGUAUCAAUUAUUUAUGAAAGUUUCUCUUCUGUAUCCCAAAUUCAAGCACACAACUAAUAGUAAACAAUGGAAUCCUAUUCAAUCCGAAGAUUGUAUUGAAUUUUCAACUAAAGAGUAAAGAUUAUACCACUUGAGAAGCGAGAAUCGUAUGAAGAAUAUGUCAUUGUGAUGAAAAAAAAUUACAUUUGAGGUUAAUAAUAGAAUCUUACACUUUACCUUACAAAAUACAUA